CUCAUAAUACAUUUUGAGAGCGUUUUCGGUCGCAUCAAAGAGAAGUAUAUAAGAGAUGGCCAAUAUCACUUCGAGCUUUCUGUGCUUGUUGAUUCUUCUUUUGUUUUGCCUCUCCUUUGGCUAUUCUCUUCAUGGACACAAGGAUGAAGUGUCAAGAGUUGACGACGUUUCAAAUGCAAAGCAUGUUAAGCAGGUUACGAAGCAUCUUGAUGAUGAUGGUGAUGCAAUGAAGAAGGUGCAAAUAGGAGGAGGAAAUGGAGAAGAGUUUAGUAAGGAAACGACAAAGAUGAUGAUGAAGAAGCCAACAAAGAAAGAGAAAACUGUUGAGGAAGAGGAUGAUCUCGUUGCGUACACUGCUGAUUACUGGAAACCAAGACACCAUCCUCCCAAGAACAACUGAUCAAAUUUGUCAUAUUCCUAUAAAAUGCUCCUUAUUAUUCAAUAUUAAUAUUAUAAGAUAUUGAAAUACAUAUUAUAUAUACAAGUAUAAAUAUAUCAUGGGUAACUGUGAGCUUUGUUUUUGUAACAUCGAUCGUUCUAAGUUUUCUAUAAAAAGUGUGGUACGGAUAGUAUAAGUGUGUAACCUAGUUGUGUUCUCUCAAUGUUAUCAUUUGUCGAUGU